AUGAAUUCUUAUCAUAAGAAAAUAAUAAUAAGAAGAAAUUAUACGCAGUUUCUUCCAAGAUAUGUGUUUCCUGACUAUAAUAUCUUAAAAUCUGAUUUCAAAGGGCAUCAAAUGAAAGCUUUAAGGAAGAUUGAAUCCCUUGCACCACAAUUAAAUAUGAUUCUAGAAUUAAGAGACGUUAGAGCACCAUUGGCAACUAAGAACAUUUUGUUCGAUAAAUUAUUAGCAAAUUGGAAAUAUAACGACAUAGAUAGAUUAAUAGUCUACACCAAAAAGGAUUUAAUACAAAAUCAAAAUUUAGUUAUAAAUAAACUAAAUAAUUGGCAUAAUGAAAUGAAUGAACAAUUUAUGCUAGUUGAUGCAAGGUGUAAAAAAGAUGCCCGUAAUUUAUACAAGAUUAUUCGAUUUAAAAGUGAUCAACUAAUAAAUAAAAUUGGAAUGCCCUUACCUAUGGGUUUCAAAAUACUUAUUACUGGUAUUCCAAAUCUGGGUAAAUCGACUUUAAUAAAUUCUUUGAGAUCAAUUGGUAAAAUGAGAGAGGACUUUGUUGGUAAACACAAAAAAGUAGCUAAAACUGGUAAUGAGGCUGGAAUAACAAGAAGUACCAGUGAAUGUAUUAAGAUUACCCCUAAUAAUAGUCAUACCGAACAACCAAUAUAUCUUAUCGAUACACCUGGAAUAGGAUUACCUGGGAGGGUAUCCAACGAAAUCAGAAUGCUAUCCCAAUCUUUAUGUGGUUCUUUAAAGACAAAUCUUAUAGACCCUGUUAUUAUCGCUGAUUAUUUAUUAUAUUUAAUGAACCUACAAAAAUGUUACGGAAACCAAGAAUUCUACCCAGACUACUUAACUAAUCCAACUAAUGACAUAUAUGAAGUUCUUCAACGGUUACGUACCAAUAAAUCACAGGAUGAAAAAUCCCUUGCAAUGAAAUGGAUAACGCAUUGGUCUCGUUAUGGUAAAAAUAUAAUGUUUGAUAUUGAAACUCUAUUAUCCUCUGAAGAAUUUUCGUAUAAGAAUUAUACUCAACAAGAAUUAAACAAACUUGGAAAUUUGACUAUCAAUCCUAAGGGAAAGAGUAAGACCAGGUUUAUUAACAAUCUAUUCUAUUAG